UGACGCCACCGCGCACUGCGUGCGCAGACGCAGGCCCGGGGGAGGGAUCGCGCAUCCCCGACGGGAGGCCAAGACCAUCCGUCCUGCUUGGGGCCAUGCUCAAGUCUUCCGAGAAGACCUCGGCCUCGGCCGCGCAGCCUCCGGCGGGGGCCCGAAGAGGGGCCCGCCGAGCUGGAACAGAAAACUUUCACCAACAUCAAGGAGGGCCAGCGGUGGAAGGAAAGAUGAUGUCCUAUUUUGCUAAAGAAGUUCAGCUUACGAAAAAACAUGAAGAAAUACUAGCCCAGAGAUUACUGUUACUUCAAGAAAUGGAGAAUGAUCACGGUAAUCAGAAGACUGGAAAAAAGACAUCUCACGUAAAAGCAGCGAAGCUGGCCCAGAAGAGGAAUCGGAGCCUUUUGCAGGAUAUCAGGACACUGGAGAAGAGGUUCGAAAAAGAGGCGCACAGCCGGCCACCUCCCGAGCUGACGAAUCUGCAGGUACGACGGGGGGAGGCGGCAGGUCGGGCCGGCGGUCCACGGUCGGUCCGCACUGGGGCCCUCCAGGCUCUCACCCAGCCAGUUGUUGACUUUUUGUGCUGCGUUAUUGAGCUCUGCGGUCUCGUUCCGCAGAGACAGGAGCCGGAUCUAAGGUGAUGGCAGAGCCCUGCAAUGAGCAUUUCCCUUCAAAUCUGUGUCCUCUCGGCUGGAUUUAAAAAUAGCUCUUCACAGUCUCUUCACAGAAAGUUUUAAUAAGUGGCCUGAAUAUAUGUUUGUUAUGGAGUAUGGCUUCUAAGUGUUAUAUUCUGUGAAGCUCGGGAACAGAUUGGGGGAAAGUUUGGCAGAAACAUACAUUAUUUGAUAUACGAAAAUGUUCAUGAUGAAAAGGAAUUGAUUGCAGGGUUUGGGAGAGACGGAGGUUAUUUUUCUCUCGGAAAGAUGGGCUUUGUCUUAAUACUCUGCUGCCACCUGUGCAGCCAGGCCCUCGGGUUUGGGAGCGUUUAAACUGCCCUUCAGCCGCCCUGGAUGCCCGAGGUGGCGUGGAGGAGAGCUCACUGCUGGGGAGGGAGGAAGGCUUGGCGCCACGCGCUGGGCAGCCCUGUGAGCGCCAUCCUCUCGAUGGGCCUCUGUUGGAGUCCUCCUGCCUCCCUCUGACCAGUCCAGGCCUCCACCCAAGACGGCCGGCCCCAAGCCCCAGCCGGAGCCCGGGGUGGACCCUUGCCCAGCGGGCACAUACAUCCAGGCGUGUGUCAUGGGAUCGGGUCGCCCUGUGCUGGGUGACUUUUCUAAAAUCUCCCCAGCGCCGUUUCUGUACAAGAGUGAAUUUCCCAAGCGAGGAGGACACAAAUGUCCUUCCCGACCACAUCUUGGGGGUUCCGGCUCUUUUUAGCCUCAGCGCAGUCACCCCAAGAGCCCGGCCAGCUCCCGGGCUCUGCAGGUGCUGCCUGCACCAUUAAAGGAGAUGAAGCUGGAUGAUAUUCCUGGCUAAAGGCCUGGAGGGCUCCCUCAGGUAAGGCCAUUGGUGUGGAAGGUCAUGCUGUUGACUUGAACUUCCUUAGAUGAUUCAAGUCACAGAAUAAAAAAAAAUGAUGUUUGUACAUUGAAGAGUAUUUCUCUAAAAGAUCAAGAAUGGAUCCUGUGCUUUCUCACAAAAUUCCCCCCAAGCCCAGGCUAUAAAACUGUGCCAGCUGGGGUUUGUUGCCUCAUAUUUUAGCCUGUCCAUAAAAAUGAAGCUCAAAGCAGUUGCUGUUUUUAUGUUUCAAUAUGAGGUCUUCAUCCUGGAAAACCACUUUGUUCUUGACUUUUUUUGUGGCUCUUUGAGGAGGGGGCCUAGGUUUUGCUCCUUUUUUCAUCCCCAAGGCUUAGCACCGUGCCAGGCACACAGUGGGUGCUGCUUAAAUGCUUCCUGACUGAUUGACUAAUGAAAAAUACCAAGCAAAGAAAUGGACCCGGUUCCACAUAGCCCGUGCAGUCAGCCACAAGAGGGCGCCUCAAAGCACCACAAAACUUGAUCAAAAACCUGACAUUCUGCCAACCUCUGUGGUUUUGCUGAGAAAUUUGAAAAUUGAGGAGUAAGUAGCCAGCUUUUUUCUAAAAUUAACAUAAAAUGUUCUUUCGGGAGCUCACAUUCCACAUAUAUAUGCAUGUAUGAGUGUGUGUCUGUAUUUAAGGGAAUAAACAUUUAGACUGUUUUGAAAAGCCAAGUUCCAUUGCUUGUUUUGCUUUUUCCUUUUGGGUUUUGUUUUUUCAGAUUCUCUACUGGGCAUUGGUAGAAAAACAGGCCCCCAAGUGGGAGCAGGCUCUCCUAGGAAGAGCACGCCGUCCCGCUGGUGCUAGAAGUUGGAACCAGGCAGGAAAUGACCUCCAGGAAACCCCAGAGUGACGACCACCAUGAAGGUGCCCUUUCCCGGGGCCCAGGGCAGCAGCCCACCAGGAGAGCAGAACGUCCUGGACGCCGUCUCCAUCCAAAGGAGGCUGCUCAUGCAAGGGAAUGUGUUCCUGAUCCAUUGGACAAUUGGGAGAAUUUUAAGAUUUACUGGAAAUGUUGUCAAACCAGGAUUGAAAGGCGUAACCGCCUUUUUUAAGAAUGAUGAGAAUUGGUUUUACUCGUACUCUGUUAUUUCCCCAAAACUUUUAGGAGCGUCAGAGAACAUUUUGAAAGAUGACCUGAUUGAAAUAAAUGGUUAAAUGUG